AUGCAGAGCACAGUCUCAGGGGCCUUCUCAUUGGACAGUGCUGAGGUACCUCAGAACGCCCCUCCCCGCUGUAGGUACCUCAGAACGCCCCUCCCUGCUGUAGGUACCUCAGAACGCCCCUCCCCCGCUGUAGGUACCUCAGAACGCCCCUCCCCGCUGUACCUCAGAACGCCCUCCCCUGCUGGUACCUCAGAACGCUCCUCCCUGCUGUCGGUACCUCAGAACGCUCCUCCCCUGCUGUCGGUUCCUCAGAACGCCCCUCCCCUGCUGUCGGUUCCUCAGAACGCCCCUCCCCUGCUGUCGGUUCCUCAGAACGCCCCUCCCCUGCUGUCGGUUCCUCAGAACGCCCCUCCCCUGCUGUCGGUUCCUCAGAACGCCCCUCCCCUGCUGUCGGUUCCUCAGAACGCCCCUCCCCUGCUGUCGGUUCCUCAGAACGCCCCUCCCCUGCUGUCGGUUCCUCAGAACGCCCCUCCCCUGCUGUCGGUUCCUCAGAACGCCCCUCCCCUGCUGUCGGUUCCUCAGAACGCCCCUCCCCUGCUAUCGGUUCCUCAGAACACUCAUCCCAUGCUGUCUCAAUGA